AGAGAAUAGCCAAAGGAAUAGGGAAGGACAGGGUAAAACAAAAAUAAUCGUUCAAGUACUCCUUUAUAAGAUUUAAAUCUAACAAUGGACAAAACACAUAGGGGAAGCAAAUCAAGACCGUUUCCAGCAACAACAUUAUUCAAACAGGAGCCUCAGAAAUCUGAAAGAAUGAAGGUGACAUACAGAAUUCCAGCUCUCAUCUAUAUCAGUGACAAUCAAACAUUCCUUGCCUUUGCUGAAAAGCGGAAAACUGCAGAUGACACUGAUGCAGAUGUCCUUGUGAUGAAAAAAGGAAUAUGGAAGGAUGGUGGAGUUGAGUGGGAUAGUAGUAGUCAUGAGCUGCUCACUUCGGCUUGUCAACCAAACCACCGCAGCAUGAAUUCAUGUCCGGUCUAUGAGAGAGAAUCCAAGACCCUCUUUCUGUUUUUCAUCACUGUUCCUGUUGGGAUCUCGGAACACAAACAAAUACAUAAGAAUAAGAAUCAGGCACGACUUUGUUACAUAACCAGUCAGGACACUGGCAAAACCUGGAGUGAUAUUAUAGACCUGACAGCAGAUGUGAUCGGUGAGCAGGAGAAGGACUGGGCCACCUUUGCUGUUGGACCAGGACAUGGUGUUCAAACCAAGAGCGGAAGACUGAUUAUCCCAGCAUAUGUGUAUCCUUGCAGCUCACUCAACUGUAAACCCAUAUCACGUGCAUUCACUUUCUACAGUGAUGAUAAAGGAAAUACUUGGCAUUUAGGAAAAUGUGUGGAUGGUGAGUCUAACGAGUGUCAGAUGGCUGAGAUCAUUGACGACAAAGGUAACAGUAAACUUUACUGCAAUGCUCGAAGUAUAUCCGGCCACAGAGUCGAGGCUCUAAGCGAGAGCAAUGGAGAACCUUUUGACAAGCCUUCAUCUGCACAUAAGCUGACAGAGACUGGACAUGGCUGCCAAGGAAGUGUGUUGAGUUUUGCCCCUGAUCAAGCAACUGAAAAAACAUGGCUACUUUAUUGCCAUCCAACCAAUCCAAGAAAGAGAGCAUGCCUUGGAGUCUACCUAAAUAAAUCCCCGUGGGAUGCCUCAGGAUGGGAGGAUCAUAAAUUGAUCAUCUAUGAUGGUCCAAGUGGAUACUCAGAUCUGGCUCAGUGUGGAGAUGGAAAACACUUUGCAUGUCUCAUGGAAUGUGGAGAGAUAAGUGAGGUUGAAGGGAUAGCCUUUGUCCUUUUUAAACUCAGUGACGUCAUUUAGGCCAAGGGUGCUAAAUGAGAUAGCAAAAGUCAGCAUUUUCUUUUAGUUUGCAAAUAAUUAAAUUAGUGCUAAGAAUAAUGGCCGUUUACUCACAAAAUUGAUAUUAAACAUAGUUAAAUCAUCAAAAUAUGUAGAUCAUACACAGUACCAUUCAG